GCCCCUUUCCGCUGGGGAGCAGCUGCAGCAGCAGGAGCGGAGUCGGAGCCGCGCAGCCGCCGCCGCCGCUGCCGCCGCCGCCGGGGAAUGUGGCCGGCGCCUGCCCCGGACCGUGCUGCUUCUUGAGUUCUUGCCGCCGUCGCCGUCACCGCCGUCGCCGCCGAGUCGUGCGGGGCCAGGCCGCGCCCUCCCCGGGCGCCCGCCGGCUCGCAUGCCGAGGGGCUCCGGGGCGUAGCUGCGCGCCCGGCGCCGCCUCCGGGCUCCUCCGGCCCCGCCAUGGGCUGCUGCAGCUCCGCCUCCGCCGCGCAGAGCUCCAAACGAGAAUGGAAGCCAUUGGAAGACCGUAGCUGCACAGACAUACCAUGGCUGCUUCUCUUUGUUCUCUUCUGCAUUGGGAUGGGAUUUAUUUGUGGCUUUUCAGUAGCAACAGGUGCAGCAGCAAGACUAGUGUCAGGAUACGACAGCUAUGGAAAUAUCUGUGGGCAGAGAAAUGCAAAACUGGAAGCAAUACCGAACAGUGGUCUGGACCACACCCACCGGAAGUAUGUGUUCUUUUUGGACCCAUGCAAUCUGGACUUGAUAAACAGGAAGAUCAAGUCUAUAGCACUGUGCGUAGCAGCAUGUCCUCGACAGGAGUUGAAAACCUUGAGUGACGUCCAGAAGUUUGCAGAGAUCAAUGGCUCAGCACUAUGUAGCUACAACAUAAAGCCUUCUGAAUAUACUCUGACUUCAAAAUCCUCUGGCUUUUGCCCCAAACUACCAGUACCAGCCAGUGCACCUAUUCCAUUCUUCCAUCGCUGUGCUCCUGUGAACAUUUCCUGCUAUGCCAAGUUUGCAGAGGCCCUGAUCACCUUUGUCAGUGACAAUAGUGUCUUACACAGGCUGAUUAGUGGAGUAAUGACCAGCAAAGAAAUUAUAUUGGGACUUUGCUUGUUAUCACUAGUUCUGUCCAUGAUCCUGAUGGUGAUAAUCAGGUAUAUAUCAAGAGUGCUAGUGUGGAUUCUAACAGUUCUGGUCAUACUGGGUUCACUUGGUGGCACGAGUGUAUUAUGGUGGCUGUAUGCAAAGCAAAGAAGGUCCCCUAAAGAAGCAGUUAUUCCUGAGCAGCUUCAGAUAGCUGAGGACAAUCUGCGGGCGCUGCUCAUCUAUGCCAUUUCAGCGACAGUGUUCACUGUCAUCCUCUUCCUGAUCAUGCUGGUUAUGCGCAAGCGUGUGGCUCUCACCAUCGCCUUGUUCCACGUGGCUGGCAAGGUCUUCAUACACUUGCCUCUGUUAGUCUUCCAGCCCUUCUGGACGUUUUUUGCUCUCGUCUUAUUUUGGGCAUACUGGAUAAUGACACUUCUCUUCCUUGGCACUACUGGCAGUGCUGUUCAGAAUGAGCAAGGCUUCGUGGAGUACAAAAUCUCCGGGCCUUUGCAGUACAUGUGGUGGUACCAUGUGGUUGGCCUGAUUUGGAUCAGUGAGUUCAUUCUCGCCUGUCAGCAGAUGACUGUGGCAGGAGCUGUGGUAACAUACUACUUUACUAGGGAUAAACGGAAUUUGCCUUUCACACCUAUUCUGGCAUCAGUGAAUCGCCUUAUUCGUUACCACCUCGGCACUGUGGCAAAAGGAUCCUUCAUUAUCACCCUCGUCAAAAUCCCCAGGAUGGUCCUCAUGUAUAUCCACAGUCAGCUCAAAGGGAAGGAAAACGCUUGUGCACGAUGCAUGCUGAAAUCCUGCAUUUGCUGCCUUUGGUGUCUUGAAAAGUGCCUGAGCUACUUAAACCAGAAUGCAUACACAGCCACAGCUAUCAAUAGCACCAACUUCUGCACCUCAGCAAAGGAUGCCUUCGUCAUUCUAGUGGAGAAUGCUCUGCGAGUGGCUGCCAUCAACACAGUGGGGGACUUCAUGCUGUUCCUAGGCAAGGUGCUGAUAGUCUGCAGCACCGGUUUGGCUGGGAUUAUGCUGCUCAACUACCAGCAAGAUUACACAGUAUGGGUGCUGCCUCUGAUCAUCGUCUGCCUCUUUGCUUUCCUAGUCGCUCAUUGCUUCCUGUCCAUUUACGAAAUGGUAGUGGAUGUAUUGUUCUUGUGUUUUGCCAUUGAUACAAAAUACAAUGAUGGGAGCCCUGGCCGAGAAUUCUAUAUGGACAAAGUGCUGAUGGAGUUUGUGGAAAACAGUAGGAAAGCUAUGAAAGAAGCCGGCAAAGGAGGUGCUGCGGAUGCCCGAGAGCUAAAGCCGAUGCUCAGGAAAAGGUGACUCGUCUCUGCAGAUUGGAAGGAUGGACUCAAAGGAGGCUGUUUGCACAAGGCUCUCCACUCACCAGCUGUUGAGUCUAUGCGGAAGACAGGAUCUUAUUACUUCAAUGGCAGCAGCGAUCAAGAAAGUUCUCCAACCUUGAACAUCCAAAUGGAUUGACUACAGUGGGGGCAGCUAAUUAAUGAUUAAUCAGAAGCAUUUGAUAAUAAUCUGCCUUGCAGCCACGCCUUCAAACUUCAUUGUUGCUUUCUCUUCUGGCCUUGUAAUGUUUGAGACAAGCCCUGCUUCUCAGCUAGUGAGCAUCAGCCCAAAGUCAGAACUCACAGGGGAAUUCUCUGCAUUCAUCCCGGGUCUGUCCUCUCUGACUCUGCUAUGUACAGAGUCCAUGUGGGCUGAUAACUAUUACUAGGGGCCUGCUGCAUGCUACACAUUAGGAUGGGUGCCCGACAUAAUACUGAAUCCUCACGAAGCUUUGUCAAGUUUGUAGGUAUCAUUGACGUUUUGAUGAUGAGGAAAUGAGAUGCUCAGAGAGAGAGAGAGAGAGAGAGAGAUCAUGUGUUGUGGGUCAGAUCACACAGUCGAUAGGAUCAGUAUUUCAAUUCCAGAGCCCCUCCACUCUAACGCCAUGCUUUGCUUAUUAUUGCUACAGAGAUAACUGCCCUGUAGUAUCCCUAUGGAUAUCACUCCCAGUCUCAAAUUGGGCUGGGUAUGGCGGUGUAUGUGCAUGGAAAGCAUCUUGGGGAGGGUUGUAGAAGCACAAAAGAAUCACAGAAUUAUUUUCUAAGCAAAAUAACACUGUUUAUGGCCCAUGGAUCAUAGCUUCCUGUCCCCACCUAUUUUUGUAAAUAAAGUUUUAUGGGAACACAACCACAUCCAU